AUGCCCGCUGCAGCGGACAGCCAUCAAAAGAAGCCCAUAGCACGCCGGCAGCAGCAAGGGCCCCGCAUACGGCAGCCGCAGGGGGCCCCCAAGGGGGGCCCCCAGGGGGACCCCCAGGGGGCCCCUGGGGGGGCCCCCGAGGGGUACGUGGGGCCCCCUCGAGGGGGAGGUGUAAGGAUUUGGGACGUGGGAGUGGGGGCGAAUUGUGUGUACCCUUUGUUGGGCUUUGCAGACUACGGGUGGCGGUUUGUGGGGUCGGACAUAUCUGAAGAGUCUCUGGCAGCAGCAGCAGCAAACCUGCAUGCGAACGGGCUGGAGGUGUACGUACAGCUGCGGCUGCAGCAGCAGCCGCAGCAGAUCUUCGAGGGCGUCUUGAGAGACGAAGACGGGCUGUUUGCUGCUUGCGUCUGCAACCCUCCGUUUUAUUCAAGUCCGGAGUUGGUGGCGAAAAGUCCGUGGAGAGAAAAAGCUGGAAAGCUGCACGAAUUGGCGUGCGCGGGCGGCGAGGCGGCCUUUCUCAGGUGUAUGUACACCGAAAGCAAGGCCCACGCCGCCCGCUUCCUCUGGUUCACUUCCCUCGUCGCCAGAACUUCCACUCGCGACGAACUCAAGCGCCAGAUCCAGCACGGAAUGCGCCUCGCCGGCCGGCGCGCGGAGCAGCAAAUGGAGGCCGAGGCCCAGCGCUGGCUGCGCAGACACCGCCUCCAGAGGGGCCAGAGCUGCAGCAGCAGCAGCAGCAGCAGCGGCGGCGGCGGCGGGAGCUGCAGCAGCAGCAGCAGCAGCAGCGGGAGCUGCAGCGGUGCAGAGGAAGUUGAGAUGCAUCCGCGAGAGCUGAGGGUCUUUGAUUUGUUUCAAGGGAAACAAACGCGGUGGGUUGUUUGCUGGACUUACUGGACGGCUGCGCAGCGGCGGCAGCUGCGGGAGAUCUUGUAUUCCGAUUCCGCAGGAUGA